GCUGCUUCUCGAGUUGUGACAAUGUCGCUUUAAUUUCGCUAAUUUUUAAAGUUCGUUGCCCAAAGUAUUAUAAACAGUUUUGUUAUUAUGAAUACGGAACAGAAAAUUAAACAAGCUGUGACAAACACCUCGAAGAAAAUUUGCGGCGAAGUGUGCACCGGCCUGGGCAUGACAAUCGACUCGAACGCCUCUGAUUUAAUAGCGGAAAUGGUUUACAAAAAGCUGUGUCUGUACGCGGAAGAUUUAGAAGCUUUUCAAAAACACGCGAGGAGGUCACAGGUCACGGUGGACGACGUGAAGCUCCUCGUGCGAAGAAAUGAUUCUCUGGCGGACUUCGUCCAACGCAAGGCCCAGAUCAUAGCGGAAAACAAGCCGGCAGAGGUCGCCGCCGCCGGAGGCGGCAAAAGGAAACGCAAGGCCACCAACAGCGCCGGUUAACGCCGACCCCGUCGAAUGUUUAGAUUAAACAAUAAAAGUUUUCAAU